AUGCUGACUAAAAUUCCCGCGUACAUUGACGGUAACAAUUUGGUACAUUUUGAUUGGAAGCUGAAUCGUUUGUUUGUGGGGAAUGACUCCGGAAUUUUGAAGAUCUUUAAUCCAGAUGAACUAGACUCGGAACCUGUGUCCUUGGACACCCUCGAAUUCUUGACAUCCAUUGUAACAUUUGGGGACAAAGUUGUCUUCACCAAUACGCAAGGAAAGUUGGCUGUACUCAGCUUGGGAAAUGAAGUGGUGGGUGAUGAAACACACGAGGUGAUUUACCAAUCGCUGAAGCCUUUGAGAGAUGCACAAAUCAUCAAUGAGGGAAGCCGGAUAAUCUGCGGAGGAGAUAUUAACGAAAUUAUAAUCGUUGAUUUACUGGAUGAAAACAAAGUGGAUAAACUUCCUGUUGCCGAAAACGUACUCAGUUUUUCCUACAAUUCUUUGGGGGAAUUGGUCUCUGUUGCUUUAGCCAAUGGGGAUGUCCUCGUUUACUCUGUUUCCAAUGAAAAACCCGAGCUUAUGGAGAAGAUAGAAGGCCAAGUGCCACCAAAAACACAUCAGUCGUCGGAUCUGUCAAUUGAUUAUCAUAGUGACCAUGCCAAUGAGCUAGUUUGCACUCAAUCAUUGUGGUCACCGACCGGAGAAAACAUAUAUUUACCAACUUCCUUCGGGUCCAUUAAAUCUUUCACUAGAGACGACUGGUCUCUCGCAGCUGAGUCUUCUCCAUAUACGGAACAACUUGUUGCGCUUGAUCUUUCACCUUGCAAUAAGUUCAUUGCCUUGCUUUUCAAAAACGGAGUGAUUCAUAUACAAAAUCUUGAAAAGUUCGCUCUCAUUAAAUCUUUGAACGUCGAAUUUGCUGACACCUUACCGAUCAGCUUAGCUUGGUCGAAACAUACAAUCUUCGUUGGAGCAACCAAGGGUGAGCUCCACUCGAUACAAAUCUCACUUGAAGAAGACAUUGAAGGUAAGGGCAAAACUAUAUCAGAAGUUGAAAAGCUCUUUCUCGAAGAGGCUAGUGACUCUGAUUCCGAGCAGAUCAAUGAAAUCGCGGAAAACUCAAAGAAAAGAGACGCUCUUGAUGAUUCAAUGAUUAUAGACGAGGAUGAUGACGAGGAUGAGCAAGACCCGUAUCAGUACCACAACAGGCCCGUGAAAGAUAUUCUUUCAAAUAGGCGGAAGAGAGCUCGCUUUCUGGCGGAUAUUCCAACAUUAUUAGACGAGCCUUCUUAUGAAUUGACUCCAUAUUCUCCAGGAUCGACCCCUUGGAUUAAGUCUGCCAAUGCUAGUACAAACACCACAAAGAGAAGAUACCUAUUCAUGAAUGCGAUUGGGUACUCUUGGUCGGUGAAAAAUGACUCUGAUGACUUGUCAAACAUCCAAAAGAGUGUAACAAUUUCAUUUUUCGACAGAUCCGUAAACAAGGAUUAUCACUUCAUUGAUUACUAUGACUAUGACCUAUGCUCUAUGAACGAGCGAGGUAUUUUGCUUGGGUGCUCUGGACACCAGAAUGAAACGAGUUCUCACAAGGGACGUAUUUUUUACAGACACCAUAUCAACACAAGUGAUUCGUGGGAUAGACAAAUACCUCUUUUAGAGACUGAGUAUAUCACGUCUAUUUGCAUCACAAGCUCCACUUCUAAUACUUCUGGUGACUCGAUUAUUGUCGUUGGUACUAGCUUUGGCUACCUUAGAUUCUUUAACCUUUAUGGUCUUUGCAUCAACAUUAUGAAGGUGUCCCCAAUUAUCUCUCUCAUUUCAUCAGCCAUCAACACUGUGUUCAGUAUCCAUCAAUCAGGAAAGGAAACUUACAGCUACUCGAUUAUCAGCGUACCAGACGACUACAAGUUUCAUCAACAGGAGUGCAAUUUACCGAUCAAAGCUUCACGAUUACCCUUGAUCAAGGGCCUCUUUUUCAAUGAUCACUCAGACCCAUGCCUUGUUGCUGGACAUGAUGAUACACUUGUUGUGCUUUCUCACUGGAGAGAAACAGGAAAUGCGAGAUGGGUACCUGUUCUUAACUACAACAACGCUGUCUCCGACUUUGGAUUGACUGAAACCAAGAAAAAUUGGAAAUGUUGGCCUCUUGGUCUUCAGGGUGAUAAAACGGUUUGUUUGAUUUUGAAAAACAAUGAUGUUUAUCCAGGCUUCCCGCUCCCACUACCUAUUGAAUUCAACCUAAGGCUUCCUACAAGAUGCUUCAAGAGUUUGCUAGCAAACGAAAAGAAUAACGACGAAGCUGAAGAGGAUCAAAUUGCCACUGGAAGCAAUGAUCUUGAAGGGAAAUUACAAAAAAUCAGGGACGACGACCCAGAAGAAGAAUUUCUACGUGUUUCCACAUUAGGAAAGCUAUUGGCCUCCUCUCUUGGUGAUUUAGGCGACGAGGAAGAAACCAUGGACACAUUGAAAAGAUACAGUCUCGUGUUUGACAAGUCUCUUCUCAAGCUCUUCAACAGUGCCUGUGAAGAAUCACGGCUUAACAAGGCAUUUAGUGUCGUCAAGCUCAUCAAAAAUGACAAGGCCCUACUUGCAGCCACCAAGAUUGCUGAAAGACAUAGUUUCUCGAAUCUCAUGGCCAAGAUUAACAAAUUAAGAGAAGAACUCUUGGAGAUGCAAGAUGACGAGGAGGAGGAAAAUGAGGAGGAGUAA